CGAUUCCCAGGAAACGAAAGUCCAAACGCGGGAUACAAAGGGAAAAAAAAGGAGGAAAGUUCCACUGCUUGGCUCCUUGACCCCACAGCCUUUUCCCAUCAUCAAUUCCAUCAGAAAUCUAAUUCCGCCAAAACCGAUUCCAACAGAUCUCCAUUACCUUUUCAAAUUCCAAAAGUCUCUUAAUCUCAAUCAAAUGUGAAGAGAUUCUCAAUUUGAGGGCGAGUAUAGGGAGAGUCCAGAGCGAGGAAGAAGAAAUUACAGUGGAUCUAGUUCGAUCCGUCCUCAAUCGGAGAGAGACAGAUGACGAUUCUGUAUGCGUUGGUGGCGAGGGGAUCCCUGGUGUUGGCGGAGUUCAGCGGAACGUCGACGAAUGCGAGCGCGAUCGCGAGGCAAAUUCUCGAGAAAAUUCCGGGGGACAACGAUAGCAAUGUUUCUUACUCUCAAGAUCGCUAUAUUUUUCAUGUGAAGCGCACCGAUGGCCUCACCGUUCUCUGCAUGGCCGACGACACCGCCGGAAGGAGAAUUCCUUUUGCAUUUCUUGAAGACAUUCAUCAGAGAUUUGUGAGAACUUAUGGUCGUGCAGUUCAUUCAGCUCAGGCUUAUGCAAUGAAUGAUGAUUUUUCAAGGGUUCUGAGCCAGCAAAUGGAAUAUUACUCAAAUGAUCCAAAUGCAGAUAGGAUAAACCGGUUAAAAGGUGAAAUGGGUCAGGUACGCAAUGUCAUGAUAGAGAAUAUUGAUAAAGUUUUAGACAGAGGUGAUCGCUUGGAGUUGCUGGUUGAUAAAACUGCUAAUAUGCAAGGAAAUACAUUUCGAUUCAGAAAACAAGCCCGUCGUUUUAGAAGCACUGUGUGGUGGAGAAAUGUCAAACUCACGGUUGCACUGAUAAUCCUCCUCCUCGUUAUUGUAUAUGUUAUACUGGCUUUUGCUUGCCAUGGGCUUGCACUUCCUUCUUGCGUUAAGUGAGGGUGGUUGUGGAGUGAGCUUUGCUUGAGUUUCUUGUUUUCUUUUAUUUUAUUUAUUUCUCUCCUUUUAUUUUUCGGUUCUGUGGAUUCUUCUCUUUCAGUUUCCUCUGCUGCAAGUUCCCUUGUUUGUGUAAUUUAAAAGACUCAUCAUCCUACUUGUCUUCGUGCAUGUCUUUGUCCCUCAUUCAUGGAAAACUUGAACAGGGUUUGUGGCUUGUAUGUUUCUUGAAGCCAUUGAGUUGAUAAUUAAUAUUUAUGGACUAAUUUUUACUACAAAUAUUCUGUAUAACCAGAUUCUUCCAUUGGGAUUUUGGAUGGACCAAGUAAACCACUAUUCCUGUUGUUUGGAAGACGAGGACUGCUGCGCCAGGGUUGAAAAUGUUUUUAUUCAAUGUCUUCCACUAGUAGUAUCUACUUAAGAUGUACUAAAUUCUUACUGGCAUAUCCCUUCAAGUGAUAAAUAAACAUUUUAAAUUGCACUA